AUGAGUGUGGAGGCGUACGGGCCCAGUUCGCAGACGCUCACCUUCCUGGACACUGAGGAAGCCGAGCUGCUUGGCGCCGACACACAGGGCUCGGAGUUCGAGUUCACCGACUUCACCCUCCCCAGCCAGACGCAGACGCCCCCAGGUGGCCCCGGCGGCCCCGGAGGAGGUGGUGCGGGAGGCCCGGUCGGCGCUGGCGCGGGCGCUGCGGCCGGACAGCUGGACGCGCAGGUCGGUGGACCAGAGGGCAUUCUGCAGAACGGGGCUGUGGAUGACAAUGUGGCCAAGACCAGCCAGCUGUUGGCCGAGUUGAACUUUGAAGAAGAUGAAGAAGAUACCUAUUACACGAAGGAUCUCCCUGUACAUGCCUGCAGUUACUGCGGAAUACACGAUCCUGCUUGCGUGGUUUACUGUAAUACCAGCAAGAAGUGGUUCUGUAAUGGACGUGGAAAUACUUCUGGCAGCCACAUUGUAAAUCACCUCGUGAGGGCAAAAUGCAAAGAGGUGACUCUGCACAAGGAUGGGCCCCUGGGGGAGACAGUUCUGGAGUGUUACAACUGUGGCUGCCGCAAUGUCUUCCUCCUCGGCUUCAUCCCUGCCAAAGCGGACUCCGUAGUGGUGCUCCUGUGCAGGCAGCCCUGCGCCAGUCAGAGCAGCCUCAAGGACAUCAACUGGGACAGCUCCCAGUGGCAGCCCCUGAUCCAGGACCGCUGCUUCCUCUCUUGGCUGGUCAAGAUCCCUUCUGAGCAGGAGCAGCUGCGGGCCCGGCAGAUCACUGCUCAGCAGAUCAACAAGCUGGAGGAGCUCUGGAAGGAAAAUCCUUCUGCCACCUUGGAGGAUCUGGAGAAGCCCGGUGUGGAUGAGGAGCCGCAGCACGUCCUCUUGCGGUAUGAGGACGCCUACCAGUACCAGAACAUAUUCGGCCCUCUGGUCAAGCUGGAGGCCGACUACGAUAAGAAACUGAAAGAGUCCCAGACUCAAGAUAACAUCACGGUCAGGUGGGACCUGGGCCUUAACAAGAAGAGAAUCGCCUACUUCACUUUGCCCAAGACUGACUCUGGUAAUGAGGAUUUAGUCAUAAUUUGGUUAAGAGACAUGCGGCUCAUGCAGGGAGAUGAGAUAUGCCUGAGAUACAAAGGGGAUCUGGCACCCCUGUGGAAAGGGAUCGGCCACGUCAUCAAGGUCCCUGAUAAUUAUGGCGAUGAGAUCGCCAUUGAGCUUCGGAGCAGUGUGGGCGCCCCUGUGGAGGUGACUCACAACUUCCAGGUGGAUUUCGUGUGGAAGUCAACCUCAUUUGAUAGGAUGCAGAGUGCUUUGAAAACGUUUGCUGUGGAUGAGACCUCCGUGUCAGGCUACAUCUACCACAAACUGCUCGGCCACGAGGUGGAGGAUGUGAUCAUCAAGUGCCAGCUGCCGAAACGCUUCACGGCACAGGGGCUCCCAGACCUCAACCACUCUCAGGUUUACGCUGUGAAGACUGUGCUGCAGAGACCACUGAGCCUGAUUCAGGGGCCACCGGGUACGGGGAAGACCGUGACCUCUGCCACCAUCGUCUACCACCUGGCUCGGCAGGGCAACGGGCCUGUGCUCGUCUGUGCUCCGAGUAACAUAGCUGUGGAUCAGCUGACUGAGAAGAUCCACCAGACUGGGCUGAAAGUCGUGCGGCUCUGCGCGAAGAGCCGUGAGGCCAUUGAUUCCCCGGUGUCAUUCCUGGCCCUGCACAACCAGAUCAGGAACAUGGAUAGCAUGCCGGAGCUACAGAAGCUGCAGCAGCUGAAGGACGAGACUGGGGAGCUGUCCUCUGCCGAUGAGAAGCGGUACCGGGCCCUGAAGCGCACCGCCGAGCGGGAGCUGCUCAUGAAUGCAGAUGUCAUCUGCUGCACGUGUGUGGGUGCAGGGGACCCGAGGCUCGCCAAGAUGCAGUUCCGCUCCAUCUUAAUUGACGAGAGCACCCAGGCCACCGAACCAGAGUGCAUGGUCCCUGUGGUUCUUGGCGCCAAGCAGCUCAUCCUCGUGGGUGACCACUGCCAGCUGGGCCCUGUGGUGAUGUGCAAGAAGGCCGCCAAGGCUGGACUGUCCCAGUCGCUCUUCGAGCGCCUGGUGGUGCUGGGCAUCCGUCCCAUCCGCCUCCAGGUCCAGUAUCGGAUGCACCCAGCGCUCAGUGCCUUCCCGUCCAACAUCUUCUACGAGGGCUCUCUUCAGAACGGCGUCACCGCAGCGGAUCGAGUGAAGAAGGGGUUUGACUUCCAGUGGCCCCAACCUGAUAAGCCAAUGUUCUUCUACGUGACCCAGGGCCAAGAGGAGAUCGCCAGCUCAGGCACCUCCUACCUUAACAGGACGGAAGCUGCAAAUGUGGAGAAGAUCACCACGAAGCUGCUAAAGGCGGGUGCCAAGCCUGACCAGAUCGGCAUCAUCACUCCCUAUGAGGGCCAGCGCUCCUACCUGGUGCAGUACAUGCAGUUCAGUGGCUCCUUGCACACCAAGCUCUACCAGGAGGUGGAGAUUGCCAGUGUGGAUGCGUUCCAGGGACGAGAGAAGGACUUCAUCAUUCUUUCCUGUGUGCGAGCCAAUGAGCACCAAGGCAUUGGGUUUUUAAACGACCCCAGGCGGCUUAAUGUGGCUCUGACCAGAGCAAGGUAUGGGGUCAUUAUCGUGGGCAACCCAAAGGCCUUGUCCAAGCAGCCACUCUGGAACCACCUGCUGAACUACUACAAGGAGCAGAAGGUGCUGGUGGAGGGGCCCUUGAACAACCUUCGGGAGAGCCUCAUGCAGUUCAGCAAGCCCAGGAAGCUGGUCAACACCAUCAACCCGGGAGCCCGCUUCAUGACAACAGCCAUGUAUGAUGCUCGGGAGGCCAUUAUCCCAGGAUCAGUCUAUGAUCGGAGCAGCCAGGGCCGGCCCUCAAACAUGUACUUCCAGACCCACGACCAGAUCGGCAUGAUCAGUGCGGGACCCAGCCACGUGGCUGCCAUGAACAUUCCCAUCCCUUUCAACCUGGUCAUGCCACCCAUGCCACCACCAGGGUAUUUUGGACAAGCCAACGGGCCAGCCGCAGGCCGGGGUACCCCAAAAGGCAAGACUGGUCGUGGGGGGCGCCAGAAGAACCGCUUUGGGCUCCCUGGACCCAGCCAGACGAAUCUCCCCAACAGCCAGGCCAGCCAGGAUGUGGCAUCACAGCCCUUCUCCCAGGGCGCCCUGACACAGGGCUACAUCUCCAUGAGCCAGCCCUCCCAGAUGAGCCAGCCCGGCCUCUCCCAGCCCGAGCUGUCCCAGGACAGUUACCUUGGCGAUGAGUUUAAGUCACAGAUUGAUGUGGCGCUGUCGCAAGACUCCACGUACCAAGGGGAGCGGGCGUACCAGCACGGCGGAGUGACAGGGCUGUCCCAGUACUAG